AUGAACCGAGAAGCAGCUGAAGUGCCUGAUGACCCGUUUGCUGCCCUCUCUGAGGAAAAACAAAAAUCACAUGGCUAUCCAGUCUUGGUCCCCUGCUGCAUCCAAGACUGGGCCAGCCAAAUCAUUGAUUAUCAGCUAAACGGUGACCCACGGCUUGUGAACUACCGCACCACAUAUGCAGACCACUUCCAGCGUCCCACUUCAUUUGAUGAUAUCAGCGGCACAAUUACACCAGUCAAGGACAGCAAGAACCAAAAAGAGGAGAAACUCCCUGGCUCCUCUGCCAAAUCUGUGCUCAUCAAGUACACUGCACCCCAAGAUGGUACAAAGAUACAACGGUAUAGACUCAACCAUCCUCUCAGGUCGGCAUACAAUGACACUUACCAGUUCCGCUGGUGUGCUCCCCCAAAGCCUGUGACGCAGAGUUCUACAUUUACAAUGGGAGACCCAGAGACAAUUAAGGAGCGUGAAACCACCUACAGUGCUCAUUACAAGCAGAAAGGCAGAGUGAGCUCAGAAGUAAUAAACCAGACUCAUGAACAUCAGCUGAUUAAUCUUGGGGACUACCCAGAGAAGUGGAAAACCACAACGUCUGAUGUCCAUCCUGCAAUUAAAUCAGAUCCUGUCCUCCUGGUGAAGAAAGACAGAAACUUCAGCUCCGUUCCCAGGGGAGACAUGGAUCCUGAGCGAAACCGUGCAAGGAUGACAGCCACUUCAUACAAGUUCUUCUUUUCAAAGAAUAUCCCCAGGGGGCCCCUGGACCGCGUCGAUGGGCCUGCCUCCAGGACAAAGAGCAAUGUGGUGCUGGGGCAGGCCGGCAAGGAGGGCCUGUCAUACACGUCGAGUUCAAGUGUGGACUAUCCUCACAGGACAGCACCCCGUGUUCUGCCCAUCACUCCCUCCCCUGGCUAUGAGAUGCCCAAUGAAGAAACUGGACCAAAACUGACUACCAUGCAGACAGACUACCCACCAGUGAAGGGCACAAGGCACUCACUUCGCCCAGAACAACUUGAGCUGCUUAAAGGUAGCCACAUUCCUGCUCAUUUCAAGAGGGGGUAUUUCACAACAGCCUAUAAAGAGGAUUAUACACAAAAGCGUCCCAUCAGGAACGUGCUGGCCCAUGUGCCUGUGCAAACUGUCAGUCAUAUGCCCUUUUAAAGAGGAGAGAAGCCACCAUUGCUUUGUGCGAGUAUCAUCACUGCACCACAAUCCUUGGACUCAUUUAGAUCACGGCUUCUCCGUACAGCCAGUUUGGAUCAUGUACCUUUGCAACAUAUCAACCAUGUGUCCUUUGUGUAUUGUUUUAUAAAAACAAGAGUUAUAAUCGAAUAAGCCUGUUUUCUCAGGUAGAAACUAUUGUUAAAAUGUGCACUACGAUUUUUGUGUUUAAUGUUUUUAUUUGAAGU